AUGUGGGAAGAUGAAUGGGCUGCCGACAUGGGGAGUGAUGCCCCCAAGAUCAAAUGGGGCUGGAACUUUGUUCCAGACGAGGUCUGGCUUCCUCCCGAAACCCCAAGUUCCCUCACUUCAAAGCGUAAGCGAGAAGAAGAAGAGGAGGAGGAGAAGAAGGAAGAGAAGAAGAAGCUCAAGUCCGUGAAGGACUUCUUCGCGCCUCUGGCGCCAGCUACCUUUGGUGCCGUCCCGGCUGCUGUUGCUGCCGCCGCAACUCCGGAAGAACGGAUUGCGGCCGCUGUCGCGGCCUGCCUCAAGAAACGGGCCACCAUGCCCAAGUCCAAGUCCAAGCCCAGGCCCAAGAAGCCCAAGACCAAGAAAUAA